AUUUUUCUUAAUUUUGAGAUGAAUCACUUGUUUAAAUCUACGAAGAAGGGAAGAAUCGUUAAAGAAAAGGAAGAGAAAGAAAGCUUCCGGAUACACAAGUGAAAGCAUGAACUAGCUAUAAGCUAGUUGAGACUUGAGAGAGAGAGAGAACGAGAGAGGCAUCUGAACUGAUCUGAACUGAGAGUGCAAGAAAAUAUACGGACAAAACUCCACAUUGUGCCCAGCACAACACAUUUUCAGUCCCGACUUUUCGAAAAAUAUCCUAAAAAUCAAAACAGACUAUUAUCCUAUCCACCUUUACCUACCCUCACUUUGUCUCUCUCUUAACUAUUAACACUAUACAGAUCUCCUUUUUAGUGCACUGAAUCUUCAUUUCUUUGUAGAUUCAGAAUACCCUGAUCAUCAAAAUGGCGAAUGAAAAUCCUUUCAAGUCUAUAUUGAAGACACUAGAGAAACCUGGUGGUGAAUUUGGCAAGUACUAUAGCUUGCCUGCUCUCAAUGACCCCAGAAUUGAUAGAUUGCCAUAUUCGAUUAAGAUCCUUUUGGAAUCGGCGAUUAGAAACUGCGAUGAGUUUCAGGUCAAGAGUAAGGAUGUUGAGAAGAUUAUUGAUUGGGAGAAUACUUCUCCUAAACUAGUUGAAAUUCCGUUCAAGCCUGCAAGAGUGCUUCUUCAGGAUUUCACUGGUGUUCCUGCUGUUGUUGACCUUGCCUGCAUGCGAGAUGCGAUGAGUAAUCUGGGAGGUGAUUCUAAUAAGAUCAACCCAUUGGUUCCAGUUGAUCUUGUUAUUGAUCACUCAGUUCAGGUUGAUGUGUCAAGAUCAGAAAAUGCAGUGCAGGCAAAUAUGGAGUUUGAGUUCCAAAGAAACAAAGAAAGAUUUGCUUUCCUUAAAUGGGGUUCAAAUGCUUUCCAAAACAUGCUUGUUGUUCCGCCUGGGUCUGGUAUAGUUCACCAGGUCAACUUGGAAUACCUUGGGAGAGUGGUGUUCAACACAAAUGGUUUACUUUAUCCUGAUAGUGUUGUUGGAACAGACUCGCACACUACCAUGAUAGAUGGAUUAGGUGUUGCUGGCUGGGGAGUUGGUGGGAUAGAAGCUGAGGCUGCAAUGCUUGGCCAGCCCAUGAGCAUGGUCCUGCCUGGUGUGGUUGGUUUUAAGUUAUCAGGAAAACUUAGAGAUGGUGUUACAGCCACCGAUUUGGUUUUGACAGUAACUCAAAUGCUGAGAAAGCACGGGGUUGUUGGCAAGUUUGUGGAGUUCUACGGUGAGGGAAUGAGUGAAUUGUCACUAGCAGACCGUGCUACUAUUGCCAAUAUGUCUCCCGAGUAUGGUGCAACGAUGGGUUUCUUUCCUGUGGAUCAUGUCACUCUGCAAUAUCUGAAACUGACAGGCAGAAGCGAUGGAACUGUCUCUAUGAUAGAAUCCUAUUUAAGAGCUAACAAGAUGUUUGUGGACUACAGUGAGCCCCAGAUUGAAAGAGUGUACUCUUCUUAUAUAGCAUUGAACCUUGGGGACGUGGAACCUUGUAUAUCAGGACCUAAGAGGCCACAUGAUCGAGUUCCUUUGAGAGAAAUGAAAGCUGAUUGGCAUGCAUGCUUGGACAACAAGGUUGGAUUUAAGGGAUUUGCUAUACCAAAAGAAUCUCAAAGCAAGGUUGCUGAGUUCAAUUUUCACGGGACUCCAGGCCAUCUGAGACAUGGUGAUGUUGUUAUUGCUGCUAUUACUAGUUGCACAAAUACCUCAAACCCUAGUGUCAUGCUUGGAUCUGCUUUGGUUGCAAAGAAAGCUUGUGAACUAGGAUUGGAGGUGAAACCAUGGAUUAAGACAAGUCUUGCUCCAGGUUCUGGGGUUGUAACCAAAUACAUGGAAAGGAGUGGCUUGCAGAAGUAUCUGAAUCAGCUAGGGUUUCAUAUUGUUGGUUAUGGAUGCACCACUUGCAUUGGGAAUUCUGGAGAUAUAGAUGAAGCUGUGGCAUCAGCUAUCACUGAAAAUGAUUUAGUGGCUGCUGCUGUGUUGUCUGGGAAUAGGAAUUUUGAGGGUCGUGUCCAUCCUUUAACAAGAGCUAAUUAUCUUGCUUCGCCUCCACUUGUGGUAGCCUAUGCACUCGCUGGAACGGUGGAUAUUGAUUUUGAAACAGAGCCAAUUGGUGUAGGAAAAGAUGGAAAGAAGAUAUUUUUCAGGGAUAUCUGGCCUUCUAAUGACGAAAUUGCUCAAGUUGUCCAUUCAAGUGUGCUACCUGAUAUGUUUAAGGCUACAUAUCAGGCAAUCACCAAGGGAAAUCCCAUGUGGAAUCAAUUAUCCAUUCCUUCGGGCACUCUGUAUGAUUGGGACCCCAAAUCAACUUACAUACAUGAGCCACCAUAUUUCAAAAGCAUGACUAUGUCUCCUCCAGGACCACAUGGUGUGAAGGAUGCUUACUGCUUACUCAACUUCGGGGACAGUAUUACAACUGAUCACAUUUCACCAGCUGGCAGCAUCCACAAGGACAGUCCUGCUGCUAGAUACCUCAUGGAACGAGGGGUUGAUAGAAGGGACUUCAAUUCAUAUGGAAGUCGCCGUGGUAAUGAUGACGUGAUGGCAAGGGGCACAUUUGCUAACAUUCGAAUUGUCAACAAACUGCUGGGAGGAGAAGUUGGGCCUAAAACAAUUCAUUUUCCCACUAGAGAGAAACUAUCUGUGUUUGAUGUUGCCAUGAGGUACAAGAGUGAGGGACAUGAUACAGUUAUUUUGGCUGGUGCUGAGUAUGGGAGUGGAAGUUCUCGUGAUUGGGCUGCCAAGGGUCCAAUGCUACUGGGUGUGAAAGCAGUGAUGGCCAAGAGCUUUGAGCGAAUUCAUCGCAGUAAUUUGGUGGGAAUGGGUAUCAUUCCACUUUGUUUCAAGUCCGGGGAGGAUGCUGAGACACUUGGCUUAACUGGGCAUGAGCGCUACAGCCUUGAUCUUCCUAGCAACGUGAGUGAGAUUAGACCAGGUCAAGAUGUUACAGUGGUGACAGACAAUGGCAAGCAAUUUACAUGUACCUUGCGUUAUGAUACAGAGGUGGAACUGGCAUAUUUUGAUCAUGGAGGCAUUCUGCAAUAUGCCAUCAGAAACCUGAUUCACACCAAACAUUGAAUCAGCUGCAAACAAACCAGUAAUAAAAGAUUGUGGCAGCGCAGGAUAUAAUCUCAGUUCUAGUGCUGAGCCGGUUAUAUCAUUAAUGAGUCAGAACCGAGUAGUAUUUUUCCUGUUCUGUUUCAAGUGUACGCCGCUUGUUUUGGUUUUCACAGUAUCCUUUUGUUGCCCUCAAGGAUGCAUUAAAUUUGGCAGGCAACGUGCUCUGUAUCUCAGUGGCCUUUGACCCUGGAGAAACCAACCUAAGCUCGACUCCCAGGGUUAAAAGGUAUUAUUAUACUCAACAUUUUGAUAAAACUUGUUAUCCCGGAAGAAAUCCGAAAUGAUCUUAGCCA